UUCAAAUUAAUCAAAUUCAAAACAAAAAUCUCAAAAUUGAAAACUAAAAUAAAAGAGAAAUAAAUGGGGUGUUUCCGUUUUCACCUCGUGAGCACAAAACUCGCAACGUAUAAGGAGAGAAAACACACAGAAAGGAAAAACAAAACAAAACCAAAAAAAAAAAAAAAGUAAUUUUCCAAAAGCAUCUCUUCGAUUAUCGAUCCUUCCCGGCUUGCUUAAAGGGUUUGAUCGAUCGGACACGCUAGGAUUUUUGAGAAGCAAUGGCGAAUCGAAUAGAUCACGAGUACGAUUACUUGUUUAAGAUCGUCCUCAUCGGCGAUUCCGGUGUUGGUAAAUCCAACAUUCUCUCUAGAUUCACCAGGAACGAGUUCUGUCUCGAAUCCAAAUCUACCAUCGGCGUCGAAUUCGCCACCCGUACUCUACAGGUUGAAGGGAAAACAGUCAAGGCUCAGAUAUGGGAUACGGCAGGUCAAGAGCGAUACAGAGCAAUCACAAGUGCUUACUACAGGGGAGCCGUUGGAGCACUUCUUGUGUACGACAUAACAAAGAGGCAAACCUUUGAGAAUGUGCUGAGAUGGUUACGUGAGCUAAGGGAUCAUGCUGAUUCCAACAUUGUUAUCAUGAUGGCUGGAAACAAAUCAGAUCUGAAUCACCUGAGAUCUGUUGCUGACGAAGAUGGAAGCUCUCUUGCUGAGAAGGAAGGUUUGUCGUUUCUCGAGACAUCUGCUUUAGAAGCAACAAACAUCGAGAAAGCGUUUCAGACCAUUUUGUCUGAGAUUUAUCAUAUCAUAAGCAAGAAAGCCUUGGCUGCACAAGAAGCUGCAGGUAACCUUCCUGUUCCGGGACAAGGAACUGCGAUCAAUAUAUCAGAUUCAUCUGCUACUAACAGAAAAGGUUGCUGUUCUACCUAGUUGUUACCUCCCAACUAUUAGCACAUGACUAAUCCAAUCAGUCACACUUUUUGA